AUAUAAUAUAAGAACACGAUUUGUUCGUACUAAGUAGUUAGCUGCUACCUCUCCGGCGAUGGAUGUGUCUCAGUACAAUAUCAUGUUCACCCCAACAACACAUCUUUAACUCAGUACCAUAUAUUCUUUUUCCUUCCAAUCUCAAACCUAGCCCCUCCUUUCCACUUCACCUACGACAAUUCUCAAAUUCCAAUUCACUUAUACACCUUUUUGCUUCUCAAUCUAUUUUCUGCUCUCCACCUUUGUUUCUACUGACUCAGCUUGCAGAAGCAAAUGGAACAGGAGAAAGCCCUCAUCUUGGAAGCUAGAUCCAUGCAGGAAAUUGAGAUACCCAUUGUCUCUGAUAGACUUGAUGUUCCUCCAAUGACAGUGGAGAGAUCUUGCAGUUGUGUCUGUCCUUUUUCUGGGCAUGAAAACAGUGCUGUGUCAUCAGAAGAGUCAUUAAAGUCGGCAAAGAAACUUUGUGGACUCAUUUUUUUCUAUGCUAUUGUUAUGGUUGUGGAAAUUAUUGGUGGUAUAAAAGCUCACAGUUUAGCUGUUAUUAGUGAUGCAGCACACUUGCUUUCUGAUAUUGCUGGAUUCUCCAUCUCUCUCUUUGCAGUGUGGGCUUCCCGUUGGGAAGCAACUCCAUAUCAAUCUUUUGGAUACAAUCGUCUUGAGGUUUUGGGUGCUCUCUUAUCUGUGCAGUUAAUUUGGUUGAUAUCUGGUUUUUUGAUAUAUGAAGCAGUUGGUAGACUCGUUCUCCGAAAUGCCAAGGUGAAUGGAAAACUAAUGUUUGCAAUUGCAGCAUUUGGGUUUGUCCUAAACUCUAUCAUGGUUGCAUGGCUUGGUCAUGAUCAUAGUCGUCAUCAUCAUGGCUGUGAUCAUGAUCAUAGUCAUCAUCAGUGCCAGACUGAUCAUGAUCAUGGGAAGGAGGACAUAACUAACAUAACUGAUGAGGAGAACCUUACCCUGGUAUCAAGCAGUCAUAGAGAGGCUACUGUAUUGAACAUAAAUAUCCAAGGGGCAUAUUUGCAUGUCAUGGCUGAUAUGAUUCAAUCUAUUGGAGUGAUGAUUGCGGGAGCCAUAAUAUGGGCUGAACCAGAGUGGUUUAUAGUUGACCUUAUAUGCACUCUUAUAUUUUCUGUUUUAUCUUUAAGUACUACUUUGCCCAUGCUUAGGAAUAUUUAUAGUAUCCUAAUGGAAGGGACACCCAGUGAAAUCAACAUCAGUAAGCUGGAAAAAGGCCUCAGAAGUAUCAAGGGAGUGCAGGAUGUUCAUGAUUUGCACGUCUGGGCUAUAACUGUUGGAAAAAAUGUUCUAUGUUGCCAUGUAGUGGCUGAGCCUGGCAUCAGUCACAUUGAUCUACGUGGCGUGAUUAAGUAUUACUGUCAAAAAACAUUCCAAAUACAACAUGUAACCAUACAAAUUGAGUAAUGCUACACUGUUUUCCCCUCCUUUAUUCUCUCCUUAUUAAAUAUUAGCAGAUGCAUCGUCCUAAAGAAUCACCAGACGUGUAAUUUCUUUUAUGUUUUUGACUUAAGAGUGAGUUGACAUGCUCAAAAGAUGAAGGAUUAGACAAC